CAAAGUACAGGGCCUUCUACAUAAAGUAGUACAAAGUGGUAAAAGUGGUCACAGGAUCUUAGGCGGGCCUUUCUUUUGAAAUCAAUAGAUGUGGAGUUGAUCAUUUUCUGCACCACUCACCCAAUUACCCCAACUAUGAAUCCCACGUUCCCAACUACUUCAAUCUAACUGUCCCUCAACUGCUGCUACUUCUACUCUUACUCUUAUUAUAUAUGUCUAUUUGAGUCUCUCAUUCUGCCCUUGAAAACAGAAUAUCGAAUUUCAUAGCUAAUGAUGAAGUGGGGAAGGAAGAAACCAUCUUCUUCGACGAACCCACGUGUGAUCAGUCAUGUUUUUGCAAAGUCAUGGUUUUCGAGGUUCAGGAAAAUGAGUGAGGAUACUAAACCAGUUGUGGGGAGUGUUAAGGGGGAAGAGAAGAAGAGUUUGUCGUCGCCAAGGACUCAAGGUCGGUUUCAUGAGGGGCAUGAUUGUUCCUACUUGAGGCUGUCGCUUGGAGCUGAAAGGUGUAAGUGCCAGCAUCUGAAGUCGGUUUGGUAUGAUUCAGAUGAUGAGAUUCAGGUUAUGUUGCAGAGUCCUCCUUGCUCGAGACACAGAAUUAGGGAACUGGAAGGACAGGAGGUCGUGGGAAGAAGAGCAGUGAGUGAAUUGCCUCGGAAUGUAGAGUUCUUGCAGAGAAAUUAUAUAUGUGACAGGGAGAAAGAGGAUUUGAAGUCGAAGAUACUUAAGAGAAGAGCUAUGAAAGAUCCUAAAUCAAGGACAAUGCACCAAACUGCUCAUGAAGAAAAACAAUCAGAAUCGCCAAGGAAACUGUAUACCUCGGUGGAGAAUUUUACAAAACCAGUACACAAGGGUAAUUCUGAACUGGAACCUGCAAGAAACAUUCAAACAGAGAAGGAUCAUCAGAAACUAAAUGCUUUGCAAUUGAGAAAGAAGCGUGGUAAUUACUCUACCAUAAACUCCAGUUUAAAAGGAAUUCAGGAGCGAUGUGCAUUGGGAACUCGGAAAAUGGAGCAAGAUGACGCAGCUUGUGAAGAAUUACUGUUUACAGAGUGGCAAAACAUGAAAGACGCGAAGAUUAAUGAACUAAUGUUAAAGAGUGAGGAACAGAAGAGGAAUGUUCUUUUACGUAGGGACUCAUCCAGAAAAAGAACAAAACAGGCAAGGAGAGUCCGAGUUUAUACUCCAAGGACGGCUGCAAGGAUUGAAUGCAAGAUCAGAGCUCUUGAAGACUUGAAGAAAGCAAAGAUCAAGACGACACGGGCCAGAAAAAUGAGACCAGCCAAAGAAGCAACAGCCUUUGAUAGCUUUGCCGUAGUUAAGAGCUCACUUGAUCCACACAUGGACUUCAAGAUUUCGAUGGCAGAGAUGAUCACUGCAAAAUGCAUCAGACAACCACAAGAACUUGAGGAGCUCCUUGCAUGCUACUUAACACUCAAUUGUGAUGAAUACCAUGAUCUCAUCAUAGAGGUCUUUCGACAGGUGUGGUUUGAGCUCAACCAGGUCCUUUUUGAACCAGCUAUACAAAGAAAUUAUUGUUGUAAUAGUAAUCACUAGUUGUGAGUUAUUAUAAGAACAUAUUUAUCUUCAAAUAGUAUGAGGUUUUGAACACAAA